AUGUAUAGCAGCUCUUCUGGAGAUCGUUAUCGCGAGUACAUCGAUGAUUCCACCUCCCACAAAUUAAAAAGUGCUUACUGGUCCACAAAGCAAGCGGUUAUCCGCAAGCUUGGUAAGGAAGAGGACCGACAUAUUGUGGCUUCAGAUGCUGAGUUAGACUCCAAACUUGAGCUUUUUAAGUCAGUUCAGAGCACUUGUCAGGAUCUGAGCAACUGCAUUGAGACCUAUCUGCGUUGUAUCUUCGUCCUCUCUCAGGUUGAAAAUGAUACCGGUCGUUUUUUGAAUGCUCGCAGCUCUGAGGACAAAACGCGAGCGGGGAAAAUGCUUUCAGCUGUUGGCAAAGCUCUCACUCACUCAGCUCAGCAGAGGCUUAUUCUUCAAAAUCCUCUGACCCGCCUCGAACAAGAGGUUCAAACCUUCACAAAUCGCGCAAUUGGGGAUACAGCUAAUACAAUUGCAAGGAUGGAAUCGGCUCGGACGGAGUAUCGUGGAGCACUGAUGUGGAUGAAGAAUGUCAGUGAGGAGUUGGAUCCGGAUAUGUACAAAAAACUAGACAAAUUUCGACGGGUUCAGACGCAGGUCAGGAAGUCAAAAGCAGUUUUUGAUCGGCUCAAACUGGCUUGCAUGCAGAAGGUGGAUUUGCUGGCAGCCAGUCGAUGCAACAUGCUGAGUCAUGUGCUAGCUGCUUACCAGGAUACCCUGCUCCAGUUCUGGGAACGAACUGCUCGCACAAUGACGACUGUGUCAAAUAGCUUCAAGGGCUAUCAGUAUUACGAAUUUGCUCUACUCAAAGACCUGACCCCAGAAAGUCGCAAAUUGGCCGAACAAACCUCCCAAUACUUUGAUGCUGAUGAGAAUCGCCUAGACGAGUGCGCCAAUGUCACUGAAGGUUCGCUAAUCGAGACAGGCAAAGAGGUGACGGAGGAUGAAGGGGAAGAUGUUAAGAGAACUGAUAUUGGAAGCUCACCACUGGAGGCUGCCAGACCACCGGAAAAUCUGUUGCCCGAAGAGGAAAUUGAUAAACAGUUGGACAGUUUAUUUUCCACUGGCGAUGCGGAGGCUAUCGAUGGUGCUGGUAGCGACAAGAGCAUUAACGACCUCCUCUUUUCCGGUCCGACGUCGGAGGACAAAGAGAUGGAUGCAUUUCAGGCAUUUGAAAGAGCUCCCAAUGCAGAAGCUUUCAAACCGUCUGCAGAUGCUGAAUUUCUCAAGGACAUUCUCUCCUCAGGUUCACACACACCAAGCCACUUUGAUGAACCGACUUUACCACAACAAGCAUCCGCGGCUGGUAGUGGUGGCGAUUCCUUUUUCCGAGUAAAUUGGGACAGCCAACUUUCUGAUGUCCUUUCCUCUGCCAACACUGGGAAUUCGUCAGAAAUGCUGCAUGAUAUGGGAGGGUUGCAAGCAUCUUCAAAGCAGUUACAUCAGCCCUCAGCAUCAGCGAAGCCAACAAAAACCCCUAAGAAACCCAAAUCAGGUGACGUCGAAGAGUGGAUGAAGUUCUUUGCCGACCUUUCACCCCUGGGCAACCCAGAUCAACAGAGCACCAAAAAGGGUCACGUGUUAGAUGCCUAG